UGUGUAGUAGGUUUGGAGGAGUUUCACGAGGGACAGUUUGUACAGCUUCUACCGUGCAAACACUCCUUCCAUCAUUCUUGUUUACAUGAAUGGACCAGGAUAACAACUAAAUGUCCAACAUGCAGAAAAAUCUUGGUAAUCAGACUAAAGGGUUUU